UUGAUGGCUGUCUUAUUUGAUGAGGCAAAGCACAGCCAUUUCUUAGCUGAGACGAAGCUUUAUUUUCAAAAGAACAACAAAACUAGAGAUUUUCAAGCUCACGAGUCAAAGGCGCAUUCUGUGGGAUGGAGUUGUGACGGUCGUAAAUUAGCGUCUGGAUCUACAGAUAAGACUGUCAGCGUUUUUUCUCUUGACAAACAUAAUUUGUCUCGGAUAUUUAACUACAAAGGUCACACUGAUCAUGUCGAUCAGCUUUCAUGGCAUCCCAGUCAUCCCGAUUACUUAGUUUCGGCGUCUGAAGACAAGACAGUUCGAGUGUGGGACUCGAGAACCCCAAAGUGUGCACAGUGUAUCAUCACAAAAGGUGAUAACAUCAACAUCUGUUGGAGUCCAGACAGCAAUACUAUUGCAGUGGGAAAUAAGGAAGACUUGAUUACGUGGAUUGAUACGAGAACAUACAAGAUGCGAGCUGAGAUGCAAUUUAGCUAUGAGGUGAAUGAAAUAUCAUGGAAUAAAGCCAACGAUCUUUUCUUUCUAACAAAUGGUCACGGCUGUGUGUGCAUUCUAAGUUGGCCAGAACUGAAAACACUACAGAACAUUCAAGCUCAUUCAUCUAACUGUAUCUCCAUAGAAUUUGACUCCCAAGGAAAGUACUUUGCUACUGGUAGUGCUGAUGCUCUCGCUAGUUUAUGGGAUCUUGAUGAGCUCGUUUGUGUACGCACAUUCUCUAGACUCGACUGGCCUGUGAGAACACUGAGCUUUAGUCACGAUGGUCAACUGCUGGCAUUAGCAUCUGAGGAUCUACACAUUGAUAUAGCUAUGGUGGAAACUGGUCAGCAGGUGUAUGAGGUACCUUGCAGUGCGCCAACAUUCAGUGUCGCGUGGCAUCCCACAAAAUACCUUCUUGCAUUUUCAACAGACGAAAAGGAUCGACAUGAACGAGAUGCGGGAACAGUCAGACUCUUUGGCUUGCCAGAGUCAGCAUAGCUAUGCAUGUUGACAUCACUACUCUAACGCACGCUAACGUUACAUGUUACAGACAAUAAUUCAAAUGAGC